CUCAUCAUCAAAACAAAACCUUUUCUAUUUGAUUUUUUGUUUGGUUCUUCUUCAUCUCUCUCUCUCUCGAUUAGAUCUCUCAAUACAAAGAUCAUAAAAGUUUCUUUGAAGACGACUUAAGUCAUGUUUUUGUUCGAUUGGUUCUAUGGAAUCCUGGCGACGUUAGGUCUGUGGCAGAAAGAGGCGAAGAUCUUGUUUCUCGGGCUCGACAAUGCCGGGAAAACAACUCUGCUUCACAUGCUCAAAGACGAGAGAUUAGUUCAGCACCAGCCAACACAGCAUCCAACAUCUGAGGAACUGAGCAUUGGCAAAAUCAAGUUCAAGGCCUUUGACUUGGGUGGCCAUCAGAUUGCCCGUAGGGUCUGGAAAGACUACUAUGCCAAGGUUGAUGCUGUUGUGUACCUAGUGGAUGCUUACGACAAGGAGAGAUUUGUGGAGUCGAAAAGAGAGCUUGACGCUCUCUUAUCUGAUGAAGCAUUAGCAAGUGUCCCUUUUCUUAUCCUUGGAAACAAGAUUGAUAUUCCUUAUGCAGCCUCUGAAGAUGAGCUUAGGUAUCAUUUGGGUCUCACCAAUUUCACUACCGGUAAAAGCAAUGUGAGUCUUGGAGAAUCUGGCGUUCGUCCGCUCGAGGUCUUCAUGUGCAGCAUCGUCCGCAAAAUGGGAUAUGGUGAGGGCUUCAAAUGGCUGUCUUACUACAUCAAGUGAGAAGGAAACCAAUCAAAGCAUAUUGGUGAUUUGCGUUGCUUCACGGUUUUAUAAAUCAGACAUCUCAUUUUUUUCUCAUUGAAAAGACGUAAAACUGUUUCUCUUGUAGUUUCCUGUUUAAGUUCUAAUGUAUGUUAAGUCGAUGGCUUACAACUCUUAAAACAAAAAUGUGUUUCUGAUUGUGAAGUAGUAAUCACUAUGAUAUCAAAGAA